GUGCCGAUGACAAAAGAAUCGAGCCUUGCCUUUGUCCUUUUCACAUACGUUCGCUCAUAAAUUCUUUUUUGUUUGGGGCCGCCCUGAGCGAUUUGAACGCUGCAUUCGCCAUCGUUUCCUCCCUUUCCCACUCAACCCAUCCUGACCAUUGGGUGACCUUGGAGCACGCGAUCGAGAAGCAGAAGAAAGAGGAGAGAGAGUGUGUGUGUGCGUGCGAGAGAGAAAGAGACAGACCGUGUCUAUGUGCGUGGGAGACCAAAGCCGCGACAGAGACAGCCACACAUGCAAACGCAUCGAAAACACGAACAAACCGCCUCGCAGACCCAAAGACACAAUUACAGACAGGCUGGGCCACAGUCGUCGUUAAGGAGCGGUGCUAUAGCCUCCACGCCUCGCCCGCUUCCCCGUGCCUCUGGCCAAUUGUGUUUGCAAGCUGGCGUCUAAAAUCCCGUUGCGCUGCCUCGCUCACUAUAACUCUAACGAUCCUGCGAGCGACGAUCUGGACCUCGACCUAGCUUCGGCCAAUAGGAAGCACCGAGCUGGACAAGACGAACAUGCACCAGGUCAUAUGAAGCUUCUAUAAGGACAGGAUCUUGUUCGUCGUGCUAGACUGGGAAGGACUUUUUUGGAACGUCCAUCUAAUCGUCUGUAUCUUGACCCGCUUCGUGUGCGUGUCGGCGUGCGCGAGGGGCACGACCUGGGGACAUUCUUCCACUUUGUUCUCUCCGACCAUCCAUUCAUAUCGCUGCGCUCCCGCGAGCGUAUCCUCGCCAUCGCAAUAUUUGCCAUUCGUCUGCUGAAUUGACGAAGGAAGCAAGUGGGAAGUCUGCUCGACCCCAUCUUUAUCUUGACUGCCCCGUCUGCUUUAUUUUUUUUUUUUCUCUGGACGUUCCUCGAAUGAAAGCAUAAUGGCGGGAACUCCGCCCUCCGGCGCUGAGACCGCGGUUACCAAAGUAGCAAAGGACCGCAAUUGCCCAUUCUGUCACCAGGCGUUCACCUCGUCCAGUCUGGGUCGCCAUCUGGACUUGUACAUCAAAAGCAAGAAUCCGAAGCCGCCGGAUGGCAUUCAUGAUGUCGAAGAGAUUCGCAAGAUGCGCGGCAAUAUCACCCGUCGGCAAUCUCGCGUUGCAAGCGGCGUCAAGAGAGACACAUCGUCCACGCCCGCAGAGUCCGCGUCCGCGCGGUACUCCUUGUACGGUGUCGCCGACGACAGAGCGACAGGUGGGCCAGCGGCCCCGAAUGCGCUGGGGAAGCCCCGAUGGAUGAUCAACAAGCUGAGCUGGGAAGCCACCGGCGUUAUCAACGAUCUACCUCCGCGCAUUGAGCCUAAACCGUCCGCUGACAGGCGAGACUCGAGGAGGGAGCAAUUGAAGGCCGAGCUGGACCAGAGGCAGAAGCUUACGGAGGAGCUGGACACCGGCAAGGCUGCACAGCUAGCCCUCAAGGAGAUUUUGGACACGAUCCGCAACGCCGAAGCCUCUGCCACGGGCCGCCAUCUCUUUGACGACUUCGACUUUUUCCAACAGAGCUUCCCGAGCCUGUGUCUUCGUCUGCUCUCCCCCACGCCCCCCCUCGAUUCCUCCCUCUCUAUUAGCACGAGCGAUUCAUGGUCCUCCAGCAUACCUUGGGAUCAGCAGCGGGAUGCACUUUCAAGAAUAGUCGAAGAGCGGGGUCAGAUUCUGAGACGACGUUCGAGCCUGUCAUCGUCUGCGUCCGAUGAAGCGUCCCAGAGCAAUCUCAAUUUGGACAAGUUGCACAGGCACAUCAACCACGAGUUCCAGCUGUGGAAGAGUCUGCCUGAACAUAAGCGGACAGAAAUAUGGCACCGAGAAAUUAUACGAAGCUAUGUGCGGAUUGAGAAUGAUCUGAAAGAGGCGCGCAACACCAUCAAGACGCUGAUGCGGGAGGCCGAGUUCCUGACGAAAAGGCUCGAACGAGCGUACAUGACGGGUUCCUCUCCUUACACUCCUAGCUUUUCGGAUCGGCAGCCGUCAAUAUCUGUACCGCCUAGCCCCUUAAGCAUACCAGACGACGUCCUUCGUGAUCUAUGUAAGCAGGGUAUCAAUGUACGUGAAUGGGACUAUGAGCGAUUGCUCGAUCGCUGGAAGAAUGUGGUGCGCGACGAACGGCGCGCAAGCACUGGACUGAGCGCUCAGCGCAACUUUUCGACCUCGUCGCAGAAUCCACGUAUCGCCAACACAGGUGCGAACCUGUCGGCCAAUGGCGUGGAUUCCACGGCUGCGUCUCGCUCGGCAAGCAUCACAAGUGCUAUGUCUGCGACGGGGCCUACGCGGACAAGCUCAAUGGACUCGACGGCAUUGGACGUCGACGCCGAAGGCGAGGACGAGGAUAUGGACGACGGCAUCGCUCCGGACGCGCACCCGUACACUUCGAAACCGCCUAGCUUGCCUCCACUACCCCCGCAACCUACAACACAGGAUUUGAGUAGCGUGCCGCACAAACAUAAUCAUCACCAUCAUCAGCAUCAGCAUCAAUACACACAACCAAAUCCGCCACCGCCACCGCCUCAACAUCCACAUCUACAUGUAGUAAACGACAAACGCCUGCCUGGAAUCUAUCCUCUUACCCAAACGCACAUGGAUCAGAACUACAAGUGGCCACAUCCUUCAGUUUCCUCAGCGCACCAGCAACCACAGCCGCCCAUGCAACUGCAACCUCAACCUCAGACGCAAUCGCAAUCGCAACAGCCACAGCGUCCGCCACAGCCACAGCCACAGCAUACAUCAGAACAUGCAGCAGGGUCUGUACCACCGACGAACACGACGCAUACAUCAUCGUAUUCGAUACCGCAGCUACCGGACCCGGAGACAAUGAGACGAAUCCCCCCCGGCCCAGAAUCAUGGCAGGCAGAAUUUCAUCAUGCUACAACGCAUUCGAUGGAGGGCCUGCAAGGACCAGCGACUACGGGGUCCGCCGCUGCUCCACCCGCACCAGCAGCUGGGUGAUGCAAUUAGGAUUUUAUAAUAACAUGUGUAUAUUCAUUAUAAUAGAGCAGUAGGGGCAGAGUCCUGAGAUUUAGUGCGCAUCUUUGAGAGCUGGAUCAUGAUCGCAAAAGCAUUAUUACAGCAUGAAGCAACCAGCAUAGAGAUAACGCGGUUAUACGAUUAUACCCAUGAGCAAAGGAAAGGUGCAUAUGUGUAUGAUAUAAGAAGCGAAUAACUGAAAAAUUGAACUUGCU